AUGAUAAUUUUUGGCCCAGGGGUCGCUGAAACUGUUGCAGAUUCUGCUCGAACAAGCCUCGACAGAGAGAUCGAACAGUUACGAGCUGAAGGCAGACUGGAAGCAGGGAAGAAAACCCUAGAGGGAUUGAGAUGGACGCCAGGACGCUUGAAGCUGCCCGAGGCUUUGAGAAGAAUAUUGAUCUUUCACCUCUCACUGCGCUCGGAAUUGAUACGAACAAUAUUGCGAAGGAGGAUAUCAAGUGGACUGGACCUGUAG